AUGUACGGCUAUGCGGCUCCAGCUCUGCGGGCGCGGAGGCUGCAACCCGCACUACCCCGGCUCCAGCGAUCAGCCAGAUCUACUCUGGCGAACCGACGCCUUGCCGCUUAUACCGUCGCACGGCAGGCGCGGGCGCCUGCUGCUGCCCCCAAGUUCCAACUCCAGCCUCGACGCCUCAUUUCAGGAGGCUCGCCUGCGCCACAGCCCGGCCAGCCAGAUCCAACCGAAGCCGGCCCCGAUCCUAGUGAGCGCCCGAGGAAUUCGCACUCAAGCCAUUCCCAGAAUGGCAAUGACUACCGCGAGACUGCUUUCAAGAUGUUUGAGAGUGCCAUGACGACCUUCGCUUCCGUCGCCGUCCUUGGCAUCGUAGGCUACAGCUACACCAGAUACUACAAGCACAUGGUCCUCGAAAAGAUGGACAAUGCAUUCAACCCAGGAGACCCUGUUCUGGACCUUGCUCGCGGCAGGCCACCUCGCCGCGAGGAGGCAGAGGAUGGCUCCUGGAUUAUUCGUGAAGAACAGGCAAAGUUCGACUCCAUCAUUCGUGGAGAGGACAAAGGCCGCUACCACCUGCUCAUUGGCGAGAAAGGCACUGGCAAAACAUCUAUGCUGAUCGAGGCCAUGUCGAAGAUCGAUGGAGAUGGUGUUGCCAUGUUCGAAGCUCAUGCUGACCCAGAAAUUUUCCGGAUCCGUCUUGGAAAAGCCUUGGAUUUCGAGUUCCACGAGGACAACAUUGGCUCUUUGUUCUCGAUUCGCGGCCCUAGGGACGCCUCGGCGCUGCUUGAUGUCGAGAGAGCCUUCAACAAGCUUGAAAAGGUCGCGCUCAAGCGCAGAGACAAGGUUGGACGUCCCCUCAUCCUUGUCAUCAACAGCGUCCAUCUCAUCAGGGAUGACGACGAGGGAAAAGAUCUUCUGGAGCUCCUCCAGCAGCGCGCCGAACAAUGGGCCGCUGCCAAUCUUGUCACCGUCAUUCUGAACAGCGAUGACUACUGGGUGUAUGAGCGCCUCAAGCAGUACGCGACUAGGAUGGAAGUCACCCCGAUCAGAGAUCUGGAGAAGAAGAAGGCCAUCUCUGCGUUGAAGCACUACAGGUGGAAAUGGCACGGAGAAACUCCGAACGAGCAGGUCCUGGAGACCAUCUACGACAAGAUUGGUGGUCGACUUUCGUUCCUUAGCCGCGUGGCCAAAUCCAAGGACAUGCUUGCCCUUUGUGAUAAGAUAUGUGAGGCUGAAAAGACGUGGUUCCUUAACCAGUGUUGGAUUCUCGGCAUGGACAUGGAUGACGACGUCAUGGACCAGCAGAAGUACGCUUCGGCAGCUAUGGUCCUUGCGAAAGCGCUCGUUGAUCAGGAGAAGGAAAUGGACAAAACUUAUGACCCUGAGAAAGGACACAUUCUUCCUCAGAUUCCUCUUCACAAGGCAAGAGAAAUUAUGACGCGCGCAGACUUUAUUCAGAGCUACGAUCACAUCAACGUCUUCACGAUUGACUCACGCGCCAUGGUUAGAGCUGAUUCCGUUCCCAUGCAGAGAGCAUUCCGAGAGAUUUGCGAACUGCCCGGCUUCGACAAGUUCCUGGAGGACACUUUGGAGCGUAUUGGUGAUAUCGAGAGCUUGGGCAGAACGAGAGAGCUGACCAUCAAGGACCUCUGGGAAGGCGGCAAAUACAAGGUCACGACGCGCAAUGCCAAGGGAUACGUCGAGAAAGAGACCACGUUCGAGACUGUGCCUGGCCUGAAGGAUGUCGAUGAUGAUGAUGACAACUAA